CGGAAAUCCAUCGCUAGGUACCGGAAUCAAAACAGUGGCGACGAUAUACCAUUAAUUCCAAAAAAGAGCACGUCAUUUUAAUGGUAUUAGAAAUAAUUUCAACGCAACACCACUUUUAACUUCUAGGAGGGUCCAUACACAGAAGGUCAACACUUGAGCCGUCGAGAUGGAGGAACCCGGUGGCACUGGGUCCCAGUCUGUGGCUUCGCCUCAAGCAGGUGCACCGAAGUCAAAGUUGGACACACUGUCCAAAGAUGACCUUAUCAAGUUUGCCAAAAAGCAAAUCGCAGCCAUGCAGAAAAUGAAGACCAAAUGUACAGAUUUGGAGAAAGAAGUUCAAACAUUCAAACAAUCAAAAGCCAGCAGCAGCAAUGCAGUCGACCCCAAUUUAUUGCAGGAGCUGACAGAGAGAAUGGAGGCAUUACUGUUGGAAAAGGCAGAGUGUCAACAAAGACUGGUGUUGUCUUGCAAGGAUCUUGAAAGGACAAAGAAGCAGACAAAGGAUGAUUUGGACCAACUUCAAGGACAACUUGACUCUCAAAAAGAAGACCACCAGAGACAACUCGAGACCUUACAGGGAAGCAUCGAGGAACUCAACGAAAACCAUCAGAAGGAAGUAGCACAACUUCAGAACCUACUCACAGACUACUACAAACCAAACUGUUCAGACUCCUCACGUCCCUCGGAGGAAGUGCAACCUUGUCUACAAGAUCAACUUAAGACCCUUGUGGCCGAAAUGGAGGCCGCCCGCCAUUCACAGGAACAUUUCCAAAAGGAGCUAGCACUGGCACAUCAGGACGUGGAGAACUUCAGAGAGGAGCUGACCCAGCAAGGCGCACGACAUCAGGAGGAGAUGAAGGCUCUGGAGGAGGACUGCGAAAUGGAGAGGGAGCGGCUCCUUCUGCUCCAUGACGAGCUGACCGAGCAGCUGGCUUUAAAAGACACAUACCUGCAGGAUGUCCAAGAGGAGGAUGAGGAGCCGAUACGAGGUUCAGGGAUCGCCAGGAUGCUGGAACUGUCUGGCUGCAGUCAGGCUGAAUCCGAUGUCGCAGAGGGGGAGGCAACAGACGUCUGCAGAUUGAAAGGUGUCCUCGAAGAUGUCCAGGCCCAGAACACAAUGCUGCAUGACGAGCUGACAUUGUUGACAAACUUGAAGGGCGAGCUUGAAAUGGAGCUGGAGAGGAUCAGGGAGGAAUUUCAGGCAGAGAAGGAGGAAUUGGAGUUCAAAAUUGACGAGCUCCAAAUGACAAGAGAGAGUGUGCACAUUGAACAAAGCACAACCUCGGAAGACUUGAACUCGAAAGUAGUUCCUGACUCUGGCGUUCAUGAAACAGUGAAGGAAUUGGAGACCAAUAACACAGCCGAUGUACUUGAUGGUCACAGCCUCCCUUCUGCCUCUGAAGUGCAAUUAUACGCUAGCCUUGCUAGACCAGAAGACCAAAGGUUGUUGAGUUUAGAUGAUCUUAACCAGGAAUCAAAAGAAAAAAAACACAACAGAAUUGAAGAACUUGAGGCUAAGUUGGAAGCCUUGAGUCAUGAAAGAAACACAGCCAUUGAUGAAUAUGUCCAAAUCAAAGACAUUCUGCAAGGAUUGGAAAAUGAGUUGGGUCAGAGGACGGCUAAUUUUGUUGCCCAGUAUGAGACCAUGAAAGAACAGGGUGCCAAGGCAGUACAGGAUCUCCAAUGUCAGAUCAAAGAACUCCAGCAAGAAAAGACCAUCCUGGUGGUGUCGGCCAGAGAAGCUACAGAAGACAACGAGAGCCUCAAGAAAAGUCUGAAUGAAUUGCAGAUGCAGCUUGAAGAACAGCUAGUUACCAAGCAGCCCAUGGAGGACUGUGUGGUCCCACCCCAGAACUCUGUUUUAGAAGAGACAAGGCUAGCCUUUGAGCUUAAGGAGUCGCUCGAGGAGCUGACCAAACAGAAUGAGGUUAUCGUUGUUCAACUUCAGGCAAAGGACAAUGAGGUCCAUGAACUCCGAGAGAUCGUCGGGGACCUGACGGCAAAGCGCGACGGGUUGCAGUCCCAAGUGCACAUACUCGAGGAGCAGCUAGACAUGUUUGUCACGGAGCGGACAAAGGAGAUCCAGUGGAUUCAAGAGGAGAAGGAGAAUAAACUAGAGAGUUUGAGUGUGGAGAUGGAGAGCCUUGGGAAGGCUAAGAAUGCUGAGAUUGAACAUCUGACAGAGGAAAAGGCCAAGAUAGAGGUGAACCUGAAAGCAGAGAUCAUGGAGAGACAAGAGAUGUUGUCCUCCCUUGAGCUGGCUGUCCAAGGCUUCUCCACAGAAAGGGACAAUCUCAAAUGCAAACUUGAGGAAGCAUCCUCUGCCCUUUCCUGUGCUCAAGACGAGCGGAACCUUUUGGACUCAGAACUGACUGCGCUCAAGUCGGAGCUGGAGCAGAAGGAAGCCGAUCUGCAGGCCAGGCUGCAGUCACUGGCUGAGGAGGCGGAACAAAGCCGGGCAGCAAUGACGGUUCUGCAGAAGAGCCAUGCAGAGGCGUCCAGACACUCUGCUGAACGGAAACAAGAGCUCCAGAACCGCAUCGAAGAACUAGAGCGGGAACAAAGCAUGGCGAUGAAGACCGAUGAAGCCAGUGGAGAAGACGGGUUGAAGGAAUCUCGGGAGGGGCUCCAGAUUCGCAUUGAGGACCUGGAGAAGGAGAGGGACAUGUUGAAGAGCAACCUGGUGGAGGUGGUGAGGGACACCGAGGGACUCCAGAAGGAUCUAGAAGAGAUGAAGUAUGCCAAUGAGAAGAUGAGCGAAGAGAACCAAAAACUGUAUGCCCAUAUCUCAGACGAAGCCAUAGAGGACAUGAAUACACAGAGAAGACAACUGGAAGAACAACUUGAAGAAAAGAAUAGCCUCGUCACUAAGUUGUGCGAGGAUAUGGCUGCCUUGAAGGAAUCUGCUGCCCAAUCAACUUCUUGUGAAGAAAACUUUGCUGAGAAAAUAGCCCUCCUGGAAACUGAGGCCAAAGAGAAGAAUGAGAAAAUGAACAAGAUAAAGGCGGUGGCCAUCAAAGCAAAAAAGGAACUGGACACUAGUAAGAAAGAGGUCAGCACCCUUAAAGAGGAAGUGGAUUUGCUGAAGGCUGAGCGGGACAAAGUGAGCAGCUCCAUGAAGGAUGUCAUCCACACCGCUGAGAGCUACAAUAACGUGCAGAUUGAUCACGAUAGGCUGACGGAGCAACUGGAUAAGGAGCGGGAGAAGGCGGAGGGGGCGGAGAGACGGAUGGCCGAGCUCACCAAACAGCUCGAUGCUGCUGUGUCACAGAACGCCACAGUGAGCGGUGAGAAGGAGGACCUCCUGGCCGCCGUGCUCACCUGGAGGAACACGGUGAAGCAACUGGAGGCGCACGUCAAGGAGGCUGGCAAACAGCGAGAGGGCCUGGAGGCGGAGCUGCUCGCCGAGAGGCUGAUGAAGGAGCAGAAGGUCAAGGAGUUGUUGUCCGCCACUUCUAAAUCAGAGGAGCUGACAGCUGAGCUCGGCAGGCUGCAGCAGCUGUCUCAGCAGACUGCUCAUGAGCUGCAGCAACUACGCAAGGAGGCGCAGCAGAACUCUCUGCUGGGUAUGGAGAUGGCGGACUACGAACGACUGGUCAAGGAGCUCAACAUUAAAGUCUCUCAGGGAGAGAGCGACAUCGCUCAGCUGAAGGCGCAAAUAGCCACUCACGUCCAAUCAGAAGAAAGCUUCAAGCAGCAAACAGAGGACUUGAAGUCCCAGGUGCGGCAGAGGGAGGAGAAGGCCUCCAAGAUGAAGCAGCUGCUGGUGAAAACCAAGAAGGAUUUAGCCGAAGCUAAGAAUCAGAAUGCAUCCUCCAUGAUGCUCCAGGCAUCACUAAAAGGAGAGUUGGAGAAGAACCAGCAGCAGCUGGAGUGUUGUAAGAUUGAGGUGAGUGAGUUGAUGGCAGAGCGACAUCGCCUUCAGGAGCAGCUAAGGUGUGCGACGGAGCAGAAUCUGAGGACAGCCAGCUCUCUGCAACAACGCAUUACCAACCUCCAGCAGGAGUGUGAAGUGUCUAAGGCGGAGCUUGUCUCAACAACAGGGGACUUUGAGAGUUAUAAAGUGCGUGUCCAUAACGUGCUUAAACAGCAGAAGAAUAAGGCAACUUUGCAGAGUGACAGCGAACCUGUCAAAUUGGAACGGGAGCAGCUUUCCUCUCAGGUGGAGCAGCUUCGGGCCCGGCUCUCCGAGAGCCAGCAGAGCCUGCAGGGCUGCGCUGCUGAGCUGCAGCAACUCCAGCACGAACAUGACACCCUGCUGGAGCGCCACAACAAGAUGCUCCAGGAGACGGUCGCCAAGGAGGCGGAGCUCCGCGAGCGGCUUCUUUCUGUGCAAUCCGAGAACAUGUCUCUGCGCACGGAACAAGCCCAGGCCCAAGCAGAGCUGCAGGCCCAGGCAGAGGCCCAGAGACUGGCCUUCCGAGAGCAGGUGAGGCACCUGCAGGACGAACAGCGGUCCACCGUGGAGACUCUGCACGCCCAGCUCAGCCGGCUGGAGGAGCAGCUCUUCACCUUACAGAGCCAGAGCGGUUCUCCGUCCAUCCAAUCCAGCCGGAGGCCCCGAAUGUCUGACCUCCAGCGCAGGAACCCUGACCUGAGUCAUGGUGGGCCAGGGAGCAUAGACCUCCAGACCACAGCCCGGGAGGAGGGCGAGGGCAUGGAAACCGCGGAGACGGAGAACCCCCUCCAGCCACAUCCUCCCCUGCCUUCUUUAGAGCUGCUUCUCGGCUCCCCAGACCCUAAGCAAGAACCAUUUGUAUGGACCGUGGAGCCUACCAAGCAAGAGUUGAGCCAACAGCUGACCACAGCAGCACGCAGUAUGGAGCAUAUGAACAGCCUGCUGCACGAAACGGAAGCCACCAAUGCAGUCCUCAUGGAGCAAGUUACACUGCUCAAGAGCGAACUGCGGCGCUUGGAGCGUAACCUGGAGAGGGACAAGAGCGUGUCGAAUAUGGAGUACUUGAAGAAUGUGUUGCUGCAGUUCAUCUUCUUGAACUCUGGUACCGAACGACAAGCCCUGCUACCGGUCAUUCACACCAUGCUGCAGCUCAGCCCUGAGGAGAAGAGCAGGCUGGCAGCAAUAGCACAGGGUCAGCCAGACGUAUCGGGGUCCAGGGGCGCUGGAUGGUCUUCGUAUCUCCACAGCUGGUCUGGAAUCAGAUAGAUAGACAACAUAAUAGGGUGGGAAAAUGUAAUCAGGAACAUACUACUAGAUCUGGAAAUCAUACUGGUGAUGUGUUUUGUUAAUGUCCACUUGUAUAUACAUGCAUAUAAAACUAUCUUCCUGACAGUAGUUACUUAUAGCCCAGGUCAAGUCAUCACAUAUUUGGGUCGACAUGACCAAAUUAUGGCAUUGCAAAAGGUAUCAGUGCGAUUUACUUUAUUUCAUAUUUGUGCAUUUUCUUUAAGUGGCAACUCAUCUCAGAGCCAGCUAGCAUUUAUACUUAGGUUGUGCUGCUACAUCGGUAUGUGGAAGAAUCAUAAUAAUAUAUAUUUUAUAAAUGAUCACUGUAUGUGAGCCCGAGACCAGACCAGACCAGACAAUACCAAUAAUACAAUUUAGUUUGUUAAAGAUGCCUGAUGAAUGUUAAGCCAAAUGUUGAAAUGAUGGGCAUCUAUGCUCUUCGAGGCAUUCUGUAAUGUGAACCUUACUUUUAUUAUUUAAGUGUUUUAUAUGUGUGGAAAUAUGGUAAUAAAAUUACAUUAUAUAUUUUGGGUUAUGGGUCCAGUAUUGUCAUGUAAUGUUAAAAGAUUGUUCCAUUUUGGGGAAUUCAUGGCUGUUAACAUCGAAUAAAUAGAUGUCACGUGUGGUCAUUAUUACCCACA